AUGGAGACUCUCAUCGACGUCCUUUUCCCCAAAGUGCUAGAGGGAGAACCCGUCCACAUCAUCAUAUACGGUAUCGGGGGUUUCAGAACCCAGUGGGCCCCAGACAAUACCCAAGGAAUUAUGGCAAAUUCCUACAUCUCUGAAGAAGCCGUUUUCACGGUCAUUGCCGCACUCUUGGCGGGCUUUGAAAAGCUUGGGUCGCGGGAGAGGCCUCGGAUCGUCAGCAUAGGCACCAUUUCCAUCACCAGACAAAUUUAUCAAUCGUGGAAUCCCCUCGCAGUCAAGGCCAGGCCACUUUACGAAUGGUUUAUGGGCAGACAGGAAGAUUCGGAUCCAAGUCGACGAAAUCCAAUCGAUCGUGACAACAUCUCCAGCGACACGUCCAGCGACACGUCCAGCGACACCAGCAGUGAGCGUACCGCCACACAGCUCAGCUACGACAGAUCUUUCAGUAGUGAGAACGACGAGACCAGCAGCUAUUACGAAAGCAGUGAUGACUCAAGCACCAGUAGUGGGGCGCAAACCGAUACUGAGGCCAGCGAGGCAGAAUCCACGUCGAGCAUGGAAGUUCGGUCUGCCGAUGCCGACAAAUCCGCAAUGGAGGAGGCCAUCCGACACCAUUACCCUUGCUUCAGCUCUUGCCUUAUCGUUCGACCUACACUCCUCACCUACGAUCGACCUUACGGACUCUAG